GUGACAUUGACACGUGAAGAUGAGUAAGAUUUUGAUCGAGGGUCAAAAUAGUGAAUGAGCUUGAAAAUUUUAGCGCGGUUAACGUAACUGUUUUAUGUCUGGCCGGUGGGUGCGGAAUCCAGAAGCGUGGAAAAGAACACAACGGUUUUGCCAUCCAUUACCAAACCUGUUCUGCUGUCUCUCUUCCUCCUCUCCGUUCUCUCUUUCUCUGGUCACCGCCGGUGACAAGGAUGCAGAGAAUGGUAAUUCUGUUUAUUUCAUCAUCCACAUUUUUGUAUUAAUUGAAUACAAUCAAUUAUUGAUUUGCUUCCCAGACAUUUCAUUAUUGCGUGGUUUCGUCUUUCUAUCUGUAGGGUUGAGACGCUGCGUUUAGGAGUGCUAAGUGCAUUUCUCGUGGAUGGUGAGGACGAGAGACAGACCGUCCAUGGCGGACGCCAGAGAGGAGCGGGGGAACUUUGCACUUUCAAAUGCUGAGGAAGAAAGGAUCUUCGUUUCGAUCAGAGUAAGACCUUUGAACGAGAGAGAAAGAGCGAGGCACGAUGUGUCUGAUUGGGAAUGUGUUUCUACCAACACCAUCAAAUUCAAGAACAACGGCCAUGCAGAGCAGCGUCCUCUGUCAAUGGAUACAUAUACCUUUGACAGGGUGUUUGGGGAAAAGUGCAGUACGAAGCAGGUGUAUGAAGAAGGGAUUAAGGACGUUGCCCUUUCUGUAGUUAGGGGUGUCAACUCUAGCAUUUUCGCAUACGGGCAAACAAGUAGUGGAAAGACGCACACAAUGACCGGCAUUACUGACUAUGCAGUAAGGGACAUAUAUGAAUACAUAGAGAAGCAUAAAGACAGAGAAUUUGUAGUCAAGUUCUCUUCCAUGGAGAUCUAUAAUGAAGCAGUUAGAGAUCUUCUCAAUGCAGGUUCUACUUCACUGAGAAUUCUAGACGAUCCAGAGAAAGGGACAGUUGUGGAGAAACUUACGGAAGAGACACUGACAGAUAGGGGACAGUUACAGCGACUCCUUUCGAUAUGUGCAGGUAUUGGGUGCUCAAUUACUAUAUUGUUUUACGAUUUACAGCUUUAUAGACUUUCCGGUGCUCUACUUCAAGCCAUAUAUGCGUGUUUUCUUGCAGCUGAAAGGACAACGGAAGAGACAGCGAUGAACGAAGCUAGCUCCAGAUCUCACCAAAUUAUUCGAUUGACAGUUGAAAGCAAUCCUCGUGAUUAUGCAGACGUCGCAAGAUCUGGAGCUCUAUUCGCCAGUGUGAACUUUGUUGAUCUAGCAGGAAGUGAACGUGCUGCUCAAACAUUGUCAGCUGGUACAAGAUUGAGAGAAGGUAGCCACAUAAAUCGUAGUUUACUGAGCCUUGGAACUGUAAUCCGUAAACUAAGCAAGGGAAGAAAUGAACACGUACCUUACAGAGACUCUAAGCUUACUCGCAUUUUACAGAACUCCUUAGGUGGCAAUGCCAGAACAGCGAUCAUCUGUACCAUUAGUCCUGCAAGGAGCCAGAGUGAGCAAUCAAGAAAUACUCUGCUUUUCGCUGGUUGCGCAAAACAGGUGACUACUAAUGCUCGGGUCAAUCAAGUGACGUCAGACAAGGUUUUGGUAAAACAACUGCAAAAGGAAUUGGCCAGAUUGGAGAAUGAGUUAAGGAACUCCACCCCAAAUACCAUCUUACUCAAGGAGAAAGAACUCCAAAUUCAAAAGAUGGAAAAAGUGAUCAGUGAGUUGACUCGGGAACGUGAUCUCUUUCAAUCUUCUGCUCAAAAUAAGCUUCAGUCUGCUGAAAAAGAUCAACCUCUAAGAGUAGGCAAACAUUCAGCCUCUGAAUUGUCAGGAGCUAACAAUUUCCUUCGCAGGAUGGACAGCGCAUCUGAGAAUCUUGAUAUAACAACAUCCAGUUUACAGCAUACUGGAAAUUCUGAUGACGACUUUCUUUUGGAUGGCAAUUCUCCAACGUUUGUUGGGCCUGAUCCGUGUCAGGGUUGGGAGGAGAUGGCCAGCAGAGCUGCUAAACCUGAAGAUGACUGCAAGGAAGUUCCAUGUAUUGAAGUAAAAGAAGUGGAAACAGACCAUAAAGUAGAUGUUAAAUCAUCCUCAGGGAAUGAGCAUUGCGAGUUAAAUCCUGCUGUCGUAGAUAAUACCAACAACCUUAUUGUGGUCCUCCUAAAGGAACCCAAUGGGUCUUCUACUCAAAUAGAUAAGGUGGAUCAGGAAUCUUCAAAACAUCCUCACAUAAGUAAUUUGCAGCAGAAACCCGCCACACCUCACCUCAAGGAGCCGGAAAAGGUUUCCGGCACAUUCCCAACUGAGGUUGAAAGGAAAAACUCUAACAGUUCGGUUUGCUACGAGGACAAGCUACCCGAAUCAAAGUUGCAAGCCACAGAAAGAAAGUCUUCCAGAGAAAGAUCUUUAAUUCAAGAGAUGAAUGCUUCAGUUGAAGACGUAGAAUCCCUUUGGGAUUCUGAUGCGGAGGAUACUUCCAGCGUCCUCAAUUUUGUUGUAGGAAUGAACGAAAGGGCUAGGCAAAAGCCAGUGGACGAGGACAUGGAUAAUAUUAUGGUACGAGCAAGAACAUCUGGAACCGAUAAACGUGUGAACAGAGUCAGAGGUGUCAGUUUCAGCGGAACUCCGGGGCCUUGGAAUUUUGAGACCCAGCUGAGAGAUACAAUUCAACUUUGGGAUGCAUGUAAUAUACCCUUGGUACAUAGAUCCUACUUUUUUCUUCUCAUCAAAGGCGAAAUUUCGGAUGCAGUGUACUUUGACGUAGAGCUCAGACGUUUGUCUUUCUUAAAGGACACGUUUUUUAGCGCAACAAACAGUACAGGACAUGGUUCAGAUGUCACACCAAAUUCAAGUUUGAUGGCACUGAAUCGUGAGAGGAAAAUGCUAAGCAAGCAAGUGCAUAAGAAGUUUUCGUGGAAGGAAAGAAACGAACUUUACGUGAAGUGGGGUGUGGACUUGAAGUCUAAGCACAGAAGUGUACAGUUGGCAUGGUGCUUAUGGACGAAUACGAAAGACUUGAACCACGUAAGGGAAAGUGCAGCACUUGUUGCGAAGCUGGUUGGUUUUGUAAACUCGGGUGAGGCCUCAAGGAAAAUAUUUGGAUUAAGCUUCUUAUCCCGCUGGAAGCCCUAGGAAUCCCAUUCUCCCAAGGACACAUCAUCUACUCUUUUGUAGACCCUGCUUCUAAUCAUCUCAAUUUUUUGUGCAGCCUUUUCUUUCCCUCUUCCCACUCACAUUUGAGAAAACCACGAAUAGUGGGAUACGAAAAAAAAAAGAAAUAUCAUUUGUAAGAAAU